AUUACAAUGGUAGAAGUGCUAUAUAGCUGACAUUUUUAUUGAUUUUACGAUAACAAUGUAGAUAAAACCUGUGCGGCGUAAAAUGGAUGCUGAAGAAAACAGAACGAUGGAGGUGACGCACUCGAUCCGGGAGCGCACGAUCGCUGAGAACAGCCUGGUCAUCUUGCUGCAGGGUCUCCAGGGUCAGGUGACCACGGUGGACCUGCGCGACGAGAGCACGGCUCGGGGACGCGUGCGGAACGUGGACGCCUUCAUGAACGUCCGGCUGGAGGAGGUGGUGUACAGGGACCGGAGAGGCCAGAUCAGCCGGUUAGCCGAUCUGUUCGUCACCGGCCGGAACAUUCGCUACGUCCACAUCCCUGACCAUGUGGACAUCAUGGACACCAUCCAGGCGCAGCUGCAGAAGAUCCACCGCGUGCGAAACUUUGGCGGGGAGAGGGGCGGCAGGAAGGAAUACUUAAAAACUAAAAAAUGACUUUUUUACCUUUUGCCCUUUGAUUUUUCAUGUUGUACA